AUGGCUUCAGAUACAAGGCGGUGCUACUUCCCGGACGGAAGCGACGCGCCUGGUAACGUUCCCUGCAAAUCCGACACAAACACCCACUGCUGUGGACAGUCAGACAUCUGUCUGGACAACGGGCUGUGCCUUAAUGUGGGCCACCAGCCCUACGUGCUCUCUCGUGGAGCCUGCACAAAUGAAAAUUGGAACGGAUGUAGCCCCAUUUGCACAAAAGCCACCCCCUCUAUAGGCGCCUCCAUUACCAACGUCGGCUUCUCAUCCGGUAAGGCUACAUAUUGCUGCGGUAGCCCAAGGACAAAUGGAUCCACGGUCGUUUGUCUCGCCAGUGAGUCGGACAAUAAUAGCAACGUCCCAUUCUCUAUCCAAGACGGCAAUCCCAUCCUGAGCGCUGGAAUGCUCCAAAACAUCACGACACUAGACGCCCCCGACUCGUCUUCAUCAGACCACAACUCCAACUCCAAUUCCUCUACGGCCACACCUGCGACCUGUCCAUCUUCCCAUGACACCGCGAUCGGAGCGGGGGUGGGUGUCCCACUGGGUGCGAUCGCUAUACUGUUGCUGAUUUGGGCACUGCUGGAGCGGAGGAGGGCCAACCGAGCCUUACAGCACAUGCAACCGGUGGCAUUUGAAGGGGGUCACAGUGCCUUUGGACACGCUCCUGCUGCUCCAUAUAUGAACAUCACCGACAUGACUGGGCCUCCGCCGGUGGAGUUGGAACACCGUCAACCGGUCUCUGAGCUGAUGGGCAAGGAUGCGCGGAGAUGA